AUGAAAGGAGGCGAAAAAUUGUACACCGAGUUGCUGAAACAAGGAAAGGGUAUUGUAGACACGUUGAAGGAGGGGAUUAGUGUCAAAAGAGCUAAAAAGACCAGGGGUGAAGACCGGGGUUAUCAGGUUCAAGUGGACAUAUUUAACUUAGAGGGAGAUGUCACAAAGGAAGAAAUUCUAAUGCAGGUCCGGAGAUAUACCGGUAGCAGGUGGACUAAUGACGUCAAACUCGUUUCUAUAAGGGAAAAUGAAGACGAAGAUACAAACGUCAUGGUCGGACUGAUGCGGAUCGCAGCCAAGAAAGCACUGGAAAAAGAACACAUACCCAUCGGCUGGAACUCUUGCCAGAUACAAGAGAGAGACUGCAUAUCCAGAGGUGCUUUAGAUGCCUGCAGUUCGGGCAUAGUAAAAUAA